GUCAUUUAACCCAACAUGCAGAGAUGGAUGGACGACAUGUUGCGAUCUGUGAUGUGUGUAGGAAGACUGUUUGCAUCACUGGCAACACCACAGUGUUGUUCAAUCACAUCCAAACCAUCCAAUCCAAAAAAAAAUGGAGCUGCAGCAGAGAAGAAAGAAAAAGGGUAUUAUGGGACGGCCGUAAAACCGACCAAUCAGAAUCCAGCAGUGUGCAAAGCAGGAAGUAUUCUCACCGCGGAACCGCUGACAGGAGCCACCAAUCAAUGGAGAGCAUAUCAUCUCAAUCUUCAUACUGUUAUCAAGAGAGCUAAUGAGAUGGACACCACGGUGACCGACAGGAGGGAUGAACCGCAGACGGACUUCAUCUACUGCUGUGGAGCCGCCACAGAGCUGCUCAGGUUUGGCCCCUGUCAGUUACACUCUGGACACAAGGUGCUUUUCCUCAUCGUUCCAGGUAACCCAGGUGUUGUGGGCUUCUACAGAACCUUCAUGCAAACGCUCCACAGUAUGUUUGGAUACCGCCACCCAGUGUGGGCUGUGAGCCACGCUGGCCACUGUGUGCCACCAGACUCCAUGGACAUGAUAGAAGAUGCCUCCUCAGCAGCAGAGGGUGAUGUAUUUGGUCUCAACGGGCAGAUUGAACACAAGCUGGCCUUCCUCAGGAAACAUGUUCCCAGAGAAACCAGCCUGGUCCUGGUGGGCCACUCCAUUGGCUGCUACAUUAUUCUGGAGUUGAUGAAGAGAGAUCCUGAACUCAAGAUUCUAAAGGCCGUCAUGCUGUUUCCCACCAUUGAGCGCAUGGCUCAGACUCCUCAGGGGAAGGUCAUGACCCCGGUGCUAUGUCACAUGCGUUAUGUGGCCUACCUGCCUCUCUUCCUGCUCUCUCUGCUGCCCGAGAGCCUCAAAGCCAACCUGAUCAAACUGGUGUUUGGUGGAAUCCGCUCUCUGGACCACACUGUGGUUCAGCCUACUGUUGGUUUACUCAGUGGAGACUGUGCAGCGAAUGCUAUGUACAUGGGAGGGCAGGAGAUGAAGAAUGUUCUGGAAAGAGACAACAUAACCAUUCAGGAAAAUCUCAAAAAGCUUAUAUUUUAUUACGGAGCUACAGACCACUGGUGCCCUGUUCAGUAUUAUCAUGACAUCAAAAAGGACUUCCCACACGGAGAUUUUAGGCUGUGUGAGAACAGUUUCCGCCACGCCUUCGUUCUGGACGCAGGAAGAGACGUUGCCAAAAUGGUGGUUGAAUGGAUCUGUGCAGAUUUGAGGACAUGACGUCAUUCUUCUCCUCUCACGGUCUAACAUGAACGCUCAGCGUACAGCGCAGACAGCGAUGGGCUUUUAAUGAGAAUGAAAGCUCAGUGCUGGAGAAGUAAAAUAUGAAUUUUAAUAUAUAUAUAUAUUUCUAUUGAUAUGAUGGCAUACUUUGGUUUAUAAUUAGCCAAAAAAAUGUAACAUUACAAUUUAAGUGUUUUUACUCAUGCUGAAGAAAUGAACUAACGCAUAUAUUUUAUGAAAACACAUGCAGACAUCCGUCUCAAAAGAGGGAACAGUAACCAAUCUUACUUCUCAUGCUAAUAUCUGCUCGUGUGAUUAUUUAAGUUGGUUUGAUGUUGCCUUUUUGCCAUUUUUUAUUUUAAGUCAUCUUUCACAUAUACAAUUAUAAUUCAUGCAUUCCCAUGAAUGAGGACUGGAUGAACACAUGCAGUGUGUGUGUGUGUGUGUGAAUUCAUCUUGCACGCCUUUUGUUUCAUCUUUUGAUGCCACUGUGCUGUGAAACAUCAGAGUAUGACUGAUGAGACUGAGAAAGUUGUGUAACUAAUUUCAUUCCAAGCCUGUUACUGUUGGAUGGAUAUAAUGAUGUAACAUGUACCUCUGGUGAUGCACUGGAGUUGGAAAUGCAACAAUGUGUGUUACUCCUGCAGACACUGUAACGACUAACUCAUCUGCUGAACCCAUGAUGGUUGAUUUAAAAAAAAUAAAUAAAUAAAUAAAUUGUGA